AUGGCUCUUCCCCUCCGUACCUCUCGUCAUGCCUCCAAGCUGGCCCAGACCACCCGCUGGGUCAACUCCGCCUCGCGCCGCUCCUACGCGACCGAGUCCGACCUCAAGUCGACCCUCAAGUCCGUGAUCCCCGCUAAGCGGGAACUGCUGCAGCAGGUCAAGCAGCAGAGUGAUGAGGUCAUUGGGGAGGUCAAGAUUGGCAACACCCUGGGUGGCAUGCGGGGUCUCAAGGCCAUGCUCUGGGAAGGCUCCGUCCUCGACCCUGAGGAGGGCAUCCGGUUCCACGGAAAGACCAUCAAGGACUGCCAGAAGGAGCUGCCCAAGGGCCCCACCGGCACCGAGAUGCUGCCCGAGGCCAUGUUCUGGCUGCUCCUGACCGGUCAGGUCCCCACCACCCCCCAGAUCCGUGCCUUCUCGCGCGAGCUCGCCGAGAAGUCCCACCUCCCCCAGCACAUCCUGGACCUGAUCAAGUCCUUCCCCGCGAACAUGCACCCCAUGACCCAGCUGUCCGUCGCCGUGGCCGCCCUCAACACCGAGUCCCGCUUCGCCAAGGCCUACGAGCAGGGCCUCAACAAGGCCGAGUACUGGGAGCCCACCUUCGACGACAGCAUCGAUCUGCUGGCCAAGAUCCCCCGUGUCGCCGCUCUGGUCUUCCGCCCCGACGCCGUCGACAGCGUCGGCACCCAGGCCCUCGACGGCGCCCAGGAUUGGUCGCACAACUUCGCCGAGCUGCUGGGCAAGGGCGAUGCGAAGAACCAGGACUUCCACGACCUGCUCCGUCUCUACCUCGCCCUGCACGGUGACCACGAGGGCGGCAACGUGUCUGCCCACGCCACCCACCUGGUCGGCAGCGCCCUCAGCGACCCCUACCUGAGCUACAGCGCCGGCCUGCUGGGUCUGGCCGGCCCGCUGCACGGUCUCGCCGCCCAGGAGGUGCUGCGCUGGAUCCUGGCCAUGCAGGAGAAGAUCGGCACCAAGUUCACCGAACAGGACGUCCGCGACUACCUCUGGGCCACCCUCAAGUCCGGUCGCGUGGUUCCGGGCUACGGCCACGGUGUCCUGCGCAAGCCCGAUCCCCGCUUCGAGGCUCUCAUGGACUUUGCCGACACCCGUCCCGACGUGCUGGCCAACCCCGUCUUCCAGCUGGUCAAGAAGAACUCUCAGGUCGCGCCUGGCGUGCUGACCGAGCACGGCAAGACCAAGAACCCCCACCCUAACGUCGACGCCGCCUCGGGCGUGCUCUUCCACCACUACGGCUUCCAGCAACCGCUGUACUACACCGUCACCUUCGGUGUCAGCCGCGCGCUGGGCCCGCUGGCGCAGCUGAUCUGGGACCGCGCCCUGGGUCUGCCCAUCGAGCGACCCAAGAGCAUCAACCUGCUGGGUCUGAAGAAAUAA